AUGAGGUUCCUCCAGGCAAACGCUGGCUUGCUGUCAUCUGGCGUAUUCUUGCUCGCAUCGGUGCCAGGUGUCGUCGCCGACUGUGCUCUUCCAUCGACUUAUAGUUGGACAUCAACAAGCGCUCUAGCGAAUCCAAAGUCCGGAUGGACGGCAAUCAAAGAUUUCACCAAUGUGGUCUUCAACAACCAGCAUCUCGUCUAUGCGUCAACCACAGACUCGAAUGGGAACUACGGCUCGAUGAACUUCGGCACGUUUUCGGAUUGGUCUGGCAUGGCAUCUGCUAGUCAAAACGCAAUGAGCUUUUCAGCCGUUGCUCCCACUUUGUUCUACUUCCAACCAAAGAAUGUCUGGGUCCUGGCCUAUCAAUGGGGCUCGAGCACGUUCACCUACCGAACAUCAAGUGACCCUACCAAUGCGAAUGGGUGGUCAUCGGAGCAAGCCCUUUUUUCGGGAAAGAUCUCCGGCUCGUCUACUGGUGCCAUUGAUCAGACCGUUAUCGGUGACUCUACGCAUAUGUACCUUUACUUUGCGGGAGACAAUGGCAAGAUCUAUCGCUCCAGCAUGUCCAUCGACAGUUUCCCUGGAAACUUCGGAACAGCGUCAGAGGUAGUCCUGAGUGACAGUCAGAACAAUCUAUUCGAGGCGGUCCAAGUGUACACGGUCAAAGGCCAAAACAAGUACCUGAUGAUCGUCGAGGCGAUUGGGUCAACGGGGCACCGGUAUUUCCGUUCAUUCACCGCCAGCAGUCUCGGCGGUUCGUGGACGCCGCAGGCAGCAACCGAGAGCAACCCGUUCGCCGGGAAAGCCAACAGCGGUGCAAGCUGGACCGAUGAUAUAAGUCACGGUGAUUUGGUUCGCACCAACCCUGACCAAACAAUGACCAUCGACCCAUGCAACCUGCAGUUCCUCUACCAGGGACAGAACCCGAACUCCGGUGGCAACUACAAUAGCCUACCGUGGAGGCCGGCCUUGCUCACUCUGAAGAACUAA